AUGGUUCACUACAUUAUUGACGAAAGCGACCCUAAGGAAUCUGGAUUGGAAGCUCCUUACAUCAAGCUGUACUCUCUGGCUACUCCGAACGGCCAGAAGGUGUCCAUUCUGCUUGAAUUAUUAGGUCUGGAUUAUCAUGUCCGCAAAAUUGAUAUCAUGAGAGGCGAAUGUAAGGAGGAUUGGUAUCUCCAAUUCAAUCCUAACGGAAGAAUUCCUUCUCUUACCGAUGUUUCCGCCAGUGGAAAAGUGACCCAUGUGAAUGAGAGUGCCGCCAUCAUGAUGUACCUUUGUGACAAAUACGACAAGGACAGAAAAUACAGUUACGAAUACGGCACUGACUUGUAUUACGAGCAACUGGAGUGGGUCUUCUUCCAGAUGGCUGGUCUGGGCCCAAUGAAGGGCCAGUACCACCAUUUUGCUUUCUAUGCUACUGAGAAGAUUCCAUACGCAAUUGAGAGAUACAAGAACGAGACAAUCAGAUUGUUCUCUGUUUUGGAGGAGAGGCUAGCCCGCAACAAGACAGGUUAUCUAGUUGGCGACCACCUGUCAAUUGCUGAUCUUUGCUCCUGGCCUUGGGUCAACUCUCGUAGAUUAGAAGAAGUCGAGAAUUUCCCAAGACUGUCUCAAUGGCUCAAAAACAUCGGGGAGAUCGAGGCCGUCAAGCGUGGAUCCAAGAUCCCUGAGUAG